AUGGGUAGGCUUCGCAAUCUCUCCGAGAGUUGGAGGAGUUUUCGAGAUCCUCAAGCCUCCAAUUCACCACCCUCGAGAUCCUCAUCCAACAACCACAAUACUGUGGUUGAUAACCACUCCCCUGCGGAUCUCCAACAUUCCCCCGCCGAUCCUCCGCCAGGACCUUAUCCCAGACCUGAGCGAACCGCAUCUCGACCAACUUCAAUGGUUUAUACCCCUCCUUCGAUGAUGGACGCUGGAAGAGACAACCACAUUGAGGAACUGAUCCCCGUAUUCAGUUUCCUCUCAAGCCACAGCAAUAAGCUCUACCAGGAAGGGUAUUUCCUUAAGUUGAACGAUUUAGAUACGAGUGGACGACCAAAUGCUGAUCGCAACUGGACCGAAUGUUUUGCUCAACUUGUGGGCACCGUCCUCUCAUUGUGGGAUGCGGCGGCCUUGGACGCAGCUGGUCAAGAAGGCGAAGUCGCUCCAACCUUCAUCAAUCUCGCCGAUGCCUCGCUGAAAAUGAUUGAAACACUUCCUACACGGAACCCUGACGUCCAACCUCUGCAGAAUGUUUUGUCGAUAUCGACCGCGGGGAAGAAUCGAUAUCUUUUGCACUUUAAUUCCUUGCACUCGCUCACGCAAUGGACUGCUGGGAUCAGACUGUCAAUGUUCGAACAUACCUCAUUACAAGAGCUCUAUACUGGCUCGUUGAUUGCUGGUAAAGGCAAACAUCUCAACAACAUCAAAACUAUCAUGGAAAGAUCUCGUUUUGUAACCGAGGACUGGGCCAGAGUUCGAUUUGGUGCCGGCACCCCGUGGAGGCGUUGUUGGUGUGUCAUUGAACCUCCAGACGAAAAGGAAUGGCAGAAGAUGAACAAGACCAUGAAGAAGCGCUCGGCCUACGAACGACCACCUACUCUGCCCAAAGGUAUUAUCAAAUUCUACGACACCAAGAAGACCAAAAAGGUCACUCCUAUUGCAACCAUUACGGACGCUUACUCGGCAUACGCUAUCUACCCUCAAUCAAAACCUCUGAUUGAGCAAUCAACCCUGGUAAAACUCGAAGGCCGUAUCACAAUUCACUCCAAACCAGAGUCCAAGUCCGACGGAUUUGUUUUCGUGAUGCCUGAGCUUCAUCCUGCUGUCUCGGGAUUCGAAAUGAUGCUUCGAUGGCUUUUCCCCGUCUAUGACACAUUCCAUCUCUACGGCCGACCGGGACGCAUGAUUGCAGAUACUUGGGAUGUCAGGGGUUUGAUGUUUGCCAUGCCUAGGGAGCGCCAUUACGGUUACCUCGACAUUAUUGAUGUUGCAGCCUUGAUCCAUACAGCGGGCAGUCAGAAAUGGAACGAACGAGAAUGGCGAAAACAGAUGAAAGAAAUGACGUCGAAGAGAAUGGGUAUGGGACCCCAAGCUCGGUCCGUCAGCAAUGUAGAUAGUCGAGGACAUGCUCGGCAGGUGUCCGAACAACACAGGCCCGGCGUGCACUAUGCCGACAGCUCUCCGACGCCACUCAGCACAGAUGCUCGAUAUCGAUCCGGUAUAGAGACACCACCAAGAGUUUCUCAGGCUCCCACCAACGGCGGGUACCUGGCACCAGUCCACAACGCUCAGGGCAGUCAUAACAGGUCUGUGUCUGAAUCGGGACCUUAUAUUUCACCGACCAAGAUCCGCCAACAGAAGGAGAAUGACGUUCCUUCGCGAGAAUCAUCGACCGACCAUGUCCAUCAAGCACCGAUCCAUCCCCCGCCUCAACCACCGAAUCAAUAUGCUCCGUAUCGAAAUGGCAGCUAUCCUUCCGGGCAGGAAGGACCUGACAGUCGAUACAGCUCAGAUAGUGAUGGACAAGGCCAACGCCUGGACCGAGACGACAUUGGUUAUGAGGUGCGGGAAUCAACGCCACCUGCACCUGUAGUGGCACCACCCACCUUCCAACACUAUGCGGGAGAAGUACCACAAAAGAGACCAGAUGCAAGACCUGACCUUCGGCGGGAGAAAUCCCGCAUGUCAAAUGCGACAUUGUCUCAGAUUGCAGACGUCAACAAGUUGGGGAACAGAGCGAACAUCGGUCAUGGUGGGGCGGCGGGUCAUGCUGCGGUGGUGGCUUGGAAUGGCCCUAAUAGCAGUGGCCCGCCGCCUGGGUACAGUGAUAAUCAGGGGGCACGAGGGGUAACUGCAACCCCCAACAAGUACACCCUCGAAGAAUUAUCUGCUAAUCAAGCCCCCUCUACAGCACCACUACCAACAACCACCACUACCACCACCACCACCUCAACAACAACAGCAACAGCAGUGGUACUAGGAGAAUAUCCUAGUGACUCGUUGUAUGUGCAAAGCUCUACAGAAAUUCCUCUUGCACACCCACAAGAUCCUAAGAGUGGUCUCACCCUGGUCACCACCACGCAAUCCUUUUCUCCACGUCAUUCAUCACCCAGCAAACAUAUAAUCCACCGAAAGCCUGUUCCCGAGUAG